AUGCAGGCAUCUAGGGCAAGGCUUUUCAAGGAGUACAAGGAGGUACAGCGAGAGAAGUCAGCUGACCCUGAUAUCCAAUUAAUAUGUGAUGAUUCUAACAUAUUCAAGUGGACUGCUCUUAUCAAGGGCCCUUCUGAAACACCUUAUGAAGGUGGUGUGUUUCAACUUGCAUUUGCAAUUCCAGAGCAGUAUCCUCUGCUGCCUCCUCAAGUUCGAUUUUUGACCAAAAUUUUCCACCCAAAUGUGCAUUUCAAGACAGGUGAAAUUUGUCUUGAUAUAUUGAAGAAUGCAUGGAGCCCUGCAUGGACCCUUCAGUCUGUUUCUAGAGCGAUAAUUGCUCUGAUGGCCCAUCCUGAACCAGACAGCCCACUUAACUGUGAUUCAGGCAAUCUCCUGCGGUCGGGUGAUAUUAGAGGCUAUCAAUCAAUGGCCCGCAUGUAUACAAGGCUGGCGGCCAUGCCAAAGAAAGAUGGGAGAAAUCCUGGAUUCUCGAUGGUUUGUCUGUGA